CCAGCGAGUUGCUCCCUAGGGUUUUCACAUAUUCGGCGGAGGUGCUCGUCUUCAUCUCUUUGGGAAAAUGGCGAAGAGAACGAAGAAGGUCGGAAUCGUUGGCAAGUACGGUACUCGUUAUGGUGCGAGUAUCAGGAAGCAGAUCAAGAAGAUGGAAGUCAGCCAGCACAGCAAGUACUUCUGUGAGUUCUGCGGCAAGUAUGGUGUGAAGCGAAAGGCCGUCGGAAUUUGGGGAUGCAAGGAUUGUGGCAAGGUCAAGGCAGGUGGUGCUUACACAAUGAACACCGCGAGUGCCGUUACCGUUAGAAGCACCAUCAGGAGGUUGAGGGAGCAGAUCGAGGGUUAAAUCUGCUUGUUUUUUAUAUCUGGCUUCUCUGUUUUUGACAAUUGUGUUUUGGAAUACUAUGCUUGUGAUUUUGUUUCAAGACGUUAUUACAUUUAGCAAGGUUUUAAUCGAGUUUGAAUUUUUAUUCUA